AUGGCUCCAUACGAAAAAGAAAGCUCACACUCAAGCAGUGAUUUUGAGACAAGUUUAUCCGAAGACGUUCCCCAAGACGAAAUCCCCCCGGCAGUGAUUGAGGCCGAGGAUGACAAAACAACAUCGUCUGGUAUGAGCACUAUGGUGAAUAUGCAAAACCCAGCUGAUGUCGUUGGUGCGGAUCAGACACUACAUGUGGCUCCGUUGAGUAUGGUUCCCAUGAGACACCAAGAAGCUCCUACUCCCUUAAGAGGACAGGAAGCUCCUAUACCGGCAUGGUUGAAGGGGCACGACUUUUAUGUGGAUGGGGACUGGAAAGCAUUCCACACCACUAGAAGUAAUGGGCACAAAGAUUGGACUUACACUCAUAGGGAGUACUGCACAAAGUUCCGUUCAAAACCUGAAGUGGAACUGUUCUUGAAUUCCAAAGGAACAACUAACGGCCUAUUCAAAGGGAGAAAACUUCGAAGGAAGGUACAAGUAAACCUACCAGAGGAAGAAAGGCUGCCAACAAUACCAGAGGAAACAAGGUUUUAA